GCGGAGGAACGGGUCCGUCCACUCGACGGCAUGUUUGCGCUGAGCUUACAGCGCCUAACGCGAGCUCCUCCGUCGCCCCAUCAGUCGCUGCCGCGGUGAACUCUCGCGCGGCGCCGAAGUGUCAUGACCCAACGGCGGCAACGUACUGCCGCCGCUGCGAAGCCUUCGCCGCUCAAGUUGUUUCGUCGUUCGUCGCUCGGUGUGUCGCUAUCGUGCGGCUCUUCAAGCGCGUACGAAGACCGGCGGUGUCCUGACAGAACCGUGUCCCCGCACCACCUGGAUCUGCGUCGCGUCGUGACAGUCCGCGCUCAUUUCGCCGACGAGUGAUUUUUCCGCUGUACCGACGACAACGUUCCCGCCUGUCCCUCUUUUUUCUCUGGUCAGUAGUGUAGUUCUUCCCCUUUGUGUGUGUGUACAGUGACGCUUUCUACAGGUGUGUUUGUGUGCGGUGGUGCUCUUGUUGCCAGUACGCUCCCGCUUCGUUUGUCGUCUGCUACGGCGAAAAAAAAAAAUUUCUCUUUGUUUCGUCGUCUGCUGACACCGCCGCGGAGCGUUGGGAUAUUCUUUCUGUGAAGCCUGAAACCUGGCCGGUGGCUAUCCUCUCGACUUUUGAUUUUCGUCUGCUCCGAAAAAAAAAAGCAAAAACAAAAGGAAAGCAGUUUUCGUUUCGUCUGCUCGGUACACGCGAAAUUCGUCUGCUCUCCUCACCUUCAAGUAAACCGACCCGUUCUGUGCGGUAUUCUCGGUUUGUUUAUUAUUAUUAUUAUUUGUUGUGUGUUUCGCUUUAUUGCACCCCACACACGUACUACGUGCGUGCCUGCCUCUCUCUCGGAUCUGUGUCCCAAGACCAACCGUGAACGCCUUGUGUCUCGUCCGAGCUCGAUCGCGAUCGUCGUAGUCAACGGAGUCUCCUCCGGACGUCGGAAGUUUUCACCGCCGCUUCGACGUCGUCGUCGACCUGUUGGAUAUUGAACGUCCGGCCGGGGGCCUGCCUUACCUGGAGAUCCCGCUUGGCGCACCUGUCCGCCGACCAAGAGGCAGCGAGCAACGUGUACGAUGGAGUCGCUAGGACGGUACCGCCGGCUCUACGGACCCGUUUCCUGAGCAGGGAAGCCGGCGAAGCCAGAAGCCCAGCGGGGGAGUCAGCGCGCUCCCUGUCUCCGAGAUUCCUGUGCUUGUUCUCCACGUGGUCAAGCUGGGUCCGAAAGCCGAGAGCAGCAUGUCGGGCAGCGACGCCAGCGUCUACCUGUCGGCCGUGCGCUGGGACGACGCCGGCGUGCCCCUGCAGGAGUUCAUGCAGAAGUUUCCCGAGCCCCAGGUGGCGCGCGUGGUGCGAGGCCAGCACCGUCACGUGGGCGUCCCCUCGCUGUCCUCGCCUGGCCUGAGCAGCGUGGUGUUCCUGUCGCCGCUGGGCGCGCGGCUGCGCAUCAGCGCGCAGUGCGUCAAGUUCAAGGAGAACCGGCAGCGCGUGGUGGCCAUCGGACCGCGGCUGGCCAUCCCCGACGGCUACCGGGGCUGGUUCGAGAUCCUCUCGGAGGACGGCCGGGCGUCGCGCUGCUUCGAGAGCGUCGCCGAGCUGAUGCGCCGCUCGCCGGACACUUGCCUGGUGCGCGAGCCGGUCAAGGCGCACCUGGCGCACCCCGACGACCCCGAGCAGGUGACGGACAAGACGAGGACGCUGCACGUGGGCGAGACGCUCGUCGUGGUCAAGGAGCACACGUCCCCGAUGGUGCGAGCCUCUCUGGCGAGGUUGCGGUCUUCAGCGCCGCACGGCCGCUUCCUGCGCUGCCUGACAUCUGCCGGCGAGACGGUGUACCUGGCGGCCGAGUCCCGGGGCAAGUUCUCGCCCAUCGCCAAGGAGGGCAACAUCUCGGGCGUCCACUCGGUCAAGACGCUGCUCUGCAAGCGGUUCCCGCUCAUGGUCCGCCUGGUGCACGGGAGGCCGGCGCCGUCGGGCCUGAAGACGUCCGAGCUGCGGCUGUACGGCGUCGAGCGGGAGGAGUGCGUGCUCGCCCUGCCUUUGGUCAAGGACGCGCCAGCGCUCGCGCUGCCUCAGUCCUCGCCGUUGCGCCUGCAGCCGCCCAAGAACGCCGAGGCCCUGGUGCAGAUGCCCGAGUACACCAGGCUCACGGAAAAGUGCAAGAGACUACAGGACCGGAUGGACGCCAUCGAAGUCCUGGAGACGACGCGCAGCAGCAGCGAUUUCUUCUCGUCCAAGACGCCGCCGCAGCGGAGUCUCUCCGAACCGAACAGCAAGCCGCCACAAAGUCCACCCGCUACCGCCACCGCCGUCGUGCCGCCGACGAACGGCGUCGAGAGGGUCCAGUCCACGCCCGCGCCCGACGACUACCGGUACGAGGAGAUCGACCAGAUCUACGACUACGUCCGCGGCUUCGCUCCGCUGCCGGAGAAAAUCAAGACCGAGCUCAUACAGGGAGUCGGCGAAAGCAACAACGAAUGCGAGAAGUCGCCUUCUUCCCCGCCGCCGGCUCCCGUGACUUCGGUGGCGUCACGGGAAAAGCCUUUGCCGCCUCCCAUAGAGACCAUCCCGGCCAGGCGGUACUCGCUUGCCACCGACCCUGGACCCAACUCCCCGCCUACGGCCGCGCCGCCGUUGAAGUCUUCCCCGAACCCGCGAGCCAAGGACACGGACUCGCACGUCUACGAGGCUGUCAUGAGACGUUGCUCGGACGAGCACAAGUCCAAAGGAGGCAGCGUCGCUCCGACGUGUCGGUCGGGCGUCCCCAGAUCUUCGGGCGUGCCCAGGCCUCCCAACAACAAGCUGUUCGUCAAGAGCUCGCACCAGGUCCGGAACGGAAGCGCCAAGCCUCGCAUCUUCCGCAACGCCGGUCGCAUCCCCGUCGCCGCGGCGAGCGUCAAGGACCCGUCCAUGCACCACCCCCCGCACGGGCCUCACCACCACCACCACCCUCCGUGUCCGGCGCACCACCACUGCCCCAACGGCGUCAUCGUGGGCAGCGUUAACACGUCCGUGGCGCCGCCGCCUCCGACGGCCAUAUUCCAGAAAGCCUCGUCGAGGACUGCCAGGACGUGCCGCGGAGCCAAGCCCGUCAACGGGACGAUCACCACGUCGCCGCUGUUCAACAUCCGGUACAAGUCGCUCACUAACCUGGCCGUCGACUUCAACGACACCCUAGACUCGAGCAAUUCGGGCGGCGGCGCCUCUUCCGGCGGCUCCAAGGGUUCCGGGUCCAAGGGGUCUGGUUCCAAGGGGUCUAAGCACGACCGCACAGGAUCCGUGCCUCCGCACAAGCUGUCGCGGCCAAAGUCCCUGAGCAAUCUCUUCUGGGACGUCGAGGCCAACAACAGGUACAACUUGCUACUGCACAACGAGCUCAAGGCGAACCAGUUCAUCUACGCCGACUUGCCGGCGAAGAUCGCGGCCGCAGCCGAACGCUCGGGCAAGAAGGUCGGGACGCUGUACCUGUGAAACACCACACGCCUGCAUCAUGUGCGGUCGAUCGCGUUUUGCUUAGUUUUUGUUUGUUUGUUUGCCCGCUUUCUCAACCUGUAUAUAAGUCUAACUGCCAAUAUGGGAGGCGGGCCGUUUGUUCCGCUUAGAGCGCGAAAAAAAAAUCUUUUUUUUUUGUUUCCUCCCACUAAAAUGUCGAGACAUGGACCAAUUGCGCUGGGGAACUCUGUCCCGAAACUUUGUGAGGUGUCCGCUUGUCGUCUUACUCAAACCAAGCGAUUUCCACUCUACAUCUUUAUACUCCGAGCACGACCCUGCCAUAACAAGAAUUCGCAUUGUUACAAACGUUUUUUGCACUACCGGAGAAGCUCAGGCGAGGAUAAUCAUGAUGCUGAGUCUUACUGUGCCAGAGUCGGCUGUCAAGUCAUCACCAAAGUGCGGUUGGGUUGUGUGUCAAUAGUGUCAUGAGAACGGAGACAUGGAAUUGUAUCUAAGGAGCUGUCUCGUGUAUGAGCUAGAAGCCAGGCGAUAUGGAAAAGGAACAGUUCGUGGCUCACUUACCUAUCGUUCUCUUACCUGGCAAAGUCCUUCAAUGUGCAGCUAAUCGUUUUACAGAGCCAGCAAGAUUCAAAUAGCGCUACGUGUAGUGACAGCCCACAUAUUCGCGUUUUUUUUUAGCCGUCGUGCUCCACAGAUGUCUAUGAUAUCUAUGGUCUUCCAUGCAUAAUAUACUCGCUUCAGGCUCCGUACGCUCACAAUACUCGCGUGGUUGAGAGGACAGCGGCACAGCACGUGUCGAGAGUUCCUUAGAUGGUGUGUUCCACUUACAAAUGUCCCGGUGGUCAAACCGCGGAAUAAAGGCCAACGCCCUGCGCAUUACUUAGUCACUGGGAGCAGGUCCUACUGCUCCAUCGUUUCUUUUUUCUUCCUUUUUUGUUGUUCUUAAUGGUGCUUGUAACUCGUCGACUACGACAAUGAUAUACAUCUUCUGGUCGUCCACUGCCUGAGGAAAGAAGACGAACUUAUGCUGUGUAAGGCCUAGCCUUUUGCUUACAAUGUUUUGCGCGAAUCGUCGAUACGGAAGUUCUAAACGAUAUGCGAAGUUUGGUGCGAAAUAAUCUGUGCAUACUCGUCCUGUCUCCACUCUUCUGGGUGCUUUGUGCUGACUUGCGGUGAAGUGUAAGACGGUGGCAAUGGACUGAAGAGCCUGGAAAGACGCUUGCGGUUUCCCAGUGUGCUACCUACGAAGGGGGAAAAGACUGCGUGUGACUUGCUGUGGUGUGACGCAAUGGAACAUGACGCAAAGUGCCUUUUACUUGAGAGUCCUCGAGACAGAUGUAACUGUGUGGUGUGUAAUCUAUUCUUCACACAUGGUUCGAACUUUGAGUGAAACCAGCAGCUUGCGGCGUUUCAACGUGGCAACAGCGGAGUGCUUUGUGGAUGGUGCAUGGGGCCAUUCCCGUGUCCGCGGAAAUCACCGACCGAGUCUGCCAAACCUACUCAAAUAGUCACUUGGGUUCGGCUCACGAGUCUCGUCUACGCCAGCAAAGUUACAAGUCGUGGCGUCAGAUUUCCUAGACUCCUACACACAAAAAGGAAAUGUCAGCCCAGUGUCGGUUCCGCCUGUUACGUUGUGACUCGCGACCGCUUUGCAAUUUGGUGCUCAGUUGCAGUGAAAGAUGUCACUACUGACGAACCUUUGUCAGUGACCUCAUUGGUACUGAAUUGUAGAGAAUGACGUAAAUAAUGACUUCACUUUACCAGUGACGCCACUUCAGUAAAUGAUUUCAUUAGUGACUUGAAUUUGUUGGUGACGUCACUGGUGUUGUCACCCACAGUCCUGACAGUCACGUCAGUGGUGGCGUCACUCGCUGCAAAACAGCGUUGUGAACUGCAGUAGGGAUUUCAUUAUCCGGAAAUGCCACAUUGCCGACGUGUUCGGGAGUCUCAACACAACACAGACGAACAAUUACGUCACCAGUGACGUCACUGACUAAGUGACUCUGUUAUGUGACGUCAAGGUGCUGGGAGUUAUAAGCGGCGCAGUAAUGGCCACGUCACGAUCCCGCUGCCUCUUCGGUGCUGUCGUUUGGACACAGUACGCAGGCAAUUCUUUGUGGAAUUGGCGGACUGUGAGCUUUCGCCUUGAUAUGUACACGUUGUCUGACAUAGCCAGGCUGUUGCCUCUCUGAGCAAGAUAUCAAACGUGUAGGCACAGAGGCUCUCCGAUUAAUCUCACCGUGAAAAAGAACGGAAAGGCUCGCCUACGUCAUCUGUCGCUUUGCGUACCUGUUUGUAAGGUAGUUUGGAAGUGCCGCCGCAACAGCAGCCCAGCACGUUUCUCUCACCGCGCCGCUUAACUAUAGAUCUCCAAUACGCGUCACAAAGUCAGUAAACGAACAGGCACGCACGCACUGCCCUCCCUCCGUCGCUGACGAGACUGCGCACGUUAUGGCCAAAACUGCACCCCUAUACUAGUAGCAGUUUCAAACGCGAUAAACGAGAGUUCAAGUUUUUGAGUUGCCGAACAGGAUUACUAUUACACGUUAGCAUGUCGAGACGCUUCCUGUCCUGAAGGCAAAAGAAAAAAAAAAGUGGGGAAAAGGAGCGAGGCGGAAGCUGUAGUGGCAAUCUCUUCGCGUAUUGCAAAUUCUGCGUAUUCUGCAAAUUUCUGCAAAUUUGUAUUGCGUAUUCUGCAAAUUUCUGUGCAAAUAUGGCGGUACGGUUAAAACAGUCUUUUGCAUUGCUGUUUUUAUUUUUGUUAAAUGGCAAACCGCUUACUUGUUUGUUCAUUUCUUGUUUUGUUCGUGAUCGUCCGUCUUGCGCCCUCCGAUAGCUUGGGACUUGCCAGUGCUAGCCCGAGUGACACCACUAACUUUUUGUAGUUGAUUUUUUUUGUAAACCUAAGGUAUAUACACGAACUCUUAACGCAGACGAGUGGUUGGAUUAAAGGAGCCCCAGAGAGAAACGUUUCACUCAUAGAAACGAGAGUGCGAAGAGAAUAAGUCUGCCUUGUGAUAUUUUCGUCAAUAACCGACAGUUUCACGUCGUAUUGGCACCGACACUGCGGGCCAAUCGAGCUAUCUUUUCGCAGCACGAGAAUAGGGUACACUGUAAAUCGAAUUGCACCAUUAAAAGUGAAUAAGGGUGUAAAUCAAUCUAAAGCUUCCACCCCUACAUCCAAAGGAUCUAAGCCAGAACUUACACCCAAAGGGUGUAAGAGUGUGAGUUACAGAGAGCACGUAGCUUGGACUAUAACUUGUACCCGUACACCCAAAGAGCGUAACUCACAUCUGACACCCAAAGGGUGUAAAGGUGUGAGUUAUAGUCUGUAGCUUGGGCUAUAAGUUGCACCCCUGCACCCAAAGAGUGUAACUGACACCUUACACCCAAAGGGUGUAAGGGUUGAGUUUAGAGUCUGUAGCUUGGGCUAUAAGUUACACCCCUACACCCAGAGAGUGUAACUGACACCUUACACCCAAAAGGUGUAAGGGUGUGAGUUAUAAGAGUCUGUAGCUUGGGCUAUAACUUGCACCCCUCCACACAAAGAGUGUAACUCACGCCUUACACAGUGUAAGGGUGCCAGUUAUAGACCGAUUUACACCUUAUUCACUUUUAGCGUGUAAAUUAUUUUACAGUGCAGGCGCGUGAAGGCAUUGCCUUGUAAGCAGGGAGCGAACUGUAGGCCCCUUGUCCAGUGAAUUGAUUGAGUGGCUGCUGGGUCGACUGAUCCAUCAGUCAUCUGACAGCCAUAUAUGUUGGUCGGUUGCUGAGCUAGCUUUUGUUCAGAUUACUUCUGUAUCUAUUGCUCGUCGGGAUUCAUUUGACAAGUGUACGUCCUAAUGGUCUGAUCAGUUCACUGGCUUAGUUAAUCGAUCCUAGCUGCCAUCAAACAUAUAUUUGAAACGCGAAAUAUUUCUAUUCUAAAUCCUUCAUAGUUGUCAUUUUUAAUCUUUUCAAUGGGUUUUCAAAAGAGUCAAUUCGAUAAGCCUAUACUCCUCCCCCUUGAAAUAGGCUGUGGCGCUAAAUGGAGGUAAACAUCUCGAAUCGUGUUGUAGCUUUAGUUUCAGGCCACUAUGUGGUAUUGAAAUAGACCAGCGUAGACCAUUUCCUGCUGUCCCGUUGAUCGUAAUUUUGAACCUGGGCGUUAAUCACUGACUUUGGCUAAAUGAGGUAUAGGCUACAUAAAGAAGCCUUCUCAAAAACGAUGUUUCCCCUGUAAUCAAUUUAAAACAAACUGGCCCAGUGGUUUGAUAGACUCGCUUGUCCGUUAUUCGAUUAGCGUCGCCGCACAUUUGGUGGUGGAUAAUUAGGCCGUAGUUAUUCGACUCGUGGAACACAUUAAGUCGCGAGUUGUUUGCCAGGAAACGGCGUUAAAACCAAACUGCUUUACUGCGAUGAAAAGCACCGAUGAAAUGCUAUGAAGGAGGCCAAGAGUUAGUAUAAAGAAAUAUUUCGUCGGGAGCUUUAUUCUUCCAAAACACUUCCUCUGCCAUCCUGCGAUUUACCCCGCGCAGUUCGGCGAACCGUCCAAUCACAGGCCACGUGAUCGCGGUCACGUGAUCGCCUCCGGGUCUCGUGGCGCGUAUCAAGCCGCUGCCCCGCCGAGUGCUAUGUGCCUCGUCUCACCCCUGUGCCAUGGUGCUCUGUGUACGCGAAGAAGUCGCGGCCCAUAAUGGACAUCGCUGCCGCCCGUGCGACUGACUCAUUGUGUGUGUUUUUCUUCGUCCUAGUGAGUGUAUAGUAAAGAACAAAAAAAAAGGUGAAUAAAUUGUUUAAAAUAGUGCA